AUGGAUGAUAAAAAAGAAAACCUUAACGAAAAUAUAUCCCAAGAAAUAGUAAAUAUAAAUAAUAAUAUAGUUGUUGAAAAGGAAAGCAAUAAAUGUACAAGCCUUUUAAACAAUAGUAGUAAUAAUAAUAAUAUAUCUGAUGAAUUACAGAACGAAAUUAACAAGAUGAUAAAGAGAAAUGUCACAUAUUUAAAUAUAAAAGAGAAUGAUAAAAAUUAUUUAAGGACAAAAAAAGUUAAUAUAAACAAAGAUAAUGUAAAAAACAAACCUAUAAGAAGAACGUACAAUAAAUUUAAAAAAGUGUCAACAAAAAAAAAUAACAAACUUAAACAAUUAACGAAAGCAGGUAGGGAUUUAGAAAAUAAAAUGUUAGAGGAAAUAAGUGAAAGAAGAAAAAAGAAUAAAAUACAAAAAGAAAAAAAGAAAGCUCAAAAAUUAGAAGGAGAACUAAAGGUUGGAAAUAUGACUGUUAUUAAAGAUAUUUCGAAAUUAAGAAAAAGUGAUAAAAAAACGAAAAAUAAAAUAUAUAAAUUGUCCUCUGAAGUUAUAAAUAAAAUUAUGAAGAAAAAGUAA